AUGUCCAAUGCACUCGCUCAUUACCUGGGACGCAUGAAAAUCAAGCACAAAUUAACCUCGGCAUUUCACCGCACAAACGCCAAAGCCGAACGCACAAAUGGAAUUGUUAAACAAAUGAUCCGAAAGUACGUUAAUGGAGAUAUCAAUCGUUGGGAUGAUUACGUGCAACAAGCUAUUUUCGCAUGCCAGGAAGCGGAACCAACUCGUGAAACAUUGGCUCAAGGCCGUGUACUGUAUGUUCGAGCGUUACGUGAAGCACGUCUCUUAGCAGAACAACGACUCAAGAAUAACGCCAAACAUGACAAAGAGCGAUGGGAUUCUAUCAUGAAACCCUCAAGCCCAUAUCGCAUCCUUGCUCGCAACUCUGACACUCACGUAUCAAAUUCAAGACAUGCAAAGCAACACGUACGCUUCGUGGGUUCAUACCGAUCGUCUGCGACCAAUUCACCUCACUCGUCACCGCCUACACAACCAUGGUACGAUCCAACAAGCUCCAGAGCCAACAUUCGGCAACAACUUUCAACGCUCACACCACAAAAAUUGCUCGAGGACGACCAACAAUUUCGGGAGGGGAGCAAUACGUAA